UAGCGCGCUUCACUGGAACGAAGGCGAAAUCAGCGCAGCGCUUCAGUUCUGAUCGGUACUUCUCUUGCGACAGUUGGUUGACGUCGCUUCUUCUGUAUAAUUAUAUAUUCUGUGUGUUUAAAGUGCUAUACAAAAAAUUUAAUUCGAAUAUGGUCAAUAGUAAGCAUCCGUAUGCUGGCGUAAAACUUGGAUUGUCAGACGAGAUGAGCAAUGCAACGGCACCGCCACCGGCCUACAUGGCGCACGCUGACGAUGUGAGUUCAGCGCAGCCCAGCGGCAGCGGUGUACAGUUGAUAGGUGAGCCUCAGUUGCCUAACUUUUCGACAAUACCAAUAAAUCCAAAUCCACCGGUGGGGCCAGAAUCUACACAAUUACGCUGUCCCCAAUGUAAAUGCACCGUGAAGACGAAUGUUCGAUAUCGUUCGACCACAAAAACGCAUUUGGCUUGCAUACUGCUUUCGUGGACUUGUUGUUGUUGCUGUUUGCCGUACUGCAUGAACUCAUGUCGAAAUGCGAAUCAUUUUUGCCCCAUGUGCGGCACUUUCAUAGGCACCUAUCAAUCCUAAGUGCGCAAAAGGAGUGGAGGUGUGGAGAGCCCACCAGUAAAAUACAUUAUAUAUGUAAACUUAUAAGUGCUAUGUUUGUAAACAUUCGAAUAUAUAAAUAAAGCUUUACAAUUCCA